AUGAAUACAUGGUACAAGAAGGGACGAAGUAAGCGUGGAACAUGGACUCAUCCAGCCACUCGCCAAGUGCAUCUCAUUGAUUAUGUCAUCAUGCGUACAGCUCAUUGCUGCUACUGUAAGGACGUUGGUGUUGUCCGCGGCACACUGUGCUGGACUGACCACUGCAUGGUUCGGGCCAAGCUUGUCCUGGACUUCGUCCAAUGUAGAUUCACUCUCCCUAAGCGGAGGUCGUAUGCCACCCAUCGCCUGCGUGAGCCUGAUACGUUACUGCAGUACCGAGAGUCAAUGGAGGCAGCCUGUGGUGGCGUGGCCGGUGGUGGCCAGAGUGUUGAAGAGACCUGGAAUUCCCUUUGUGAUGACAUCACCAGCGUAGCGGAGAGAACACUGGUCGGUCGGCGGCGGCAACCAGACUGGUUUCUGGAGAAUAGGGCAGCAUUGGAGCCACGUAUUGAGGCGAAGCGACGUGCCCAUGAACGGAUGUUGUCGGCAGGCAAUCAAACAACACGUUCCGGAUUUAGAUCAGCCCAGCGGUCGGUUGCGAAGGCGGUGCGUGGUGCAAAGGAACACUGGAUCCGUGAGGUGGUCGGUGAUGCUGAGCGUGCUCAAAAGGAUGGCUGUUUUAGUAUGCAUGUCAUUGAUAACAUGCCUACUGCUGAGCCACGUCAUGAACUUGACAUGGCCCCGACAUUUGAGGAGGUGAUGGCUGCAAUGCGGAGGAUGAGUAGGGGCACGGCUGGUGCCUCGUCAGGUUUUGUGCCGGAAUUGGUGCUGGGUGGCGGUCUUGCUCUCCACCGGCGUAUUCAUUCUCUGAUUUCCCAGAUUUGGGCAGGUGGCUCCGUUGUUUCUGAGUGGCGCGACGCUGAGAUUGUACCCAUACCGAAGAAAGGCGACCUACGGUCAUGUGACAAUUGGCGAGGCAUCAGCCUAUUGGAUGUAGUCGGUAAGCUGUUUCCACGGGUUAUCCAGGAUCGCCUUCAGGAACUGUCCGAGGAUGUGCUGCGUGAGUCACAGUGCGGUUUUAGGAAGGGACGUGGGUGCGUCGACAUGGUGUUUGUGGCGCGCCAGCUAAUCAAGAAGGCCAUCGAACAUGAUACGCCACUGUAUGUCAUAUUUGUCGACCUGAAGAAGGCUUAUGACAGCAUACCUCGUGAGGCGUUGUGGCUUGUCCUCGGGAAACUCGGUAUUCCACCUACCCUUCUCAGCUUGAUUCGGUCCCUACAUGUCGGCAUGAGGGCUCGGGUUCGUAUAUCUGGUCGCUUGACGGAGGAUAUAUAUGUUAACAAUGGCCUUCGCCAAGGCUGUACUCUUGCCCCCACCCUGUUCAAUCUGUAUUUUGCUGCCAUAAUGUCGUCUCGGCGUUCCUGCUCUUCUGUUCCCGGCGUGUCCCUGCGCUCACGCCCUGGUCGGAAGCUUGUUGGGGAUCGAACAACCAAGGCGCGACUGAACACGUACCAAGUUACCGAGUCCUAG